AUGCCAAUAUGUUAUGCAGUUGCUGAACCCAAGGUCAAUAUCAACAUUGUUGACAAUAUCCAAGUCAAAUACCACCUGAAUGCUGGAAAGCCAACUGUGAAAACAUACAAACUGGAUCCAUGCACCACUCUGUGGUACCUGUCCCAAACCCAUCUCAACUUUGACCUCUCAGAAUUUAUCCACAAUGCUGCUCUUGACAAGGAGCAAGCAAAUUGUAUCCUCAAGCUUUUGAAAUGUUCUCACACUGAGGACUGGAUGCUGAAUAAUUACAAUGAUCUUGAGAGCACUCAGUGGGCUGCUUUGCACUGCAUGACAGCAGCAAGUGAGAUGAUGGAAUUUAAGAUGUAUUAUGGUUCGUUGUGGGAUUGGGCCUGCAAUCUCUUGAAGGAUUCAGGUGUGGGCCCAUAUUUUGUAUUCGAUGCUCAGGACCUAUCCAAGUUCAAUGGUGCUUCAUUUGUUCAUUUCAUCAAUGAGCCAUGGACAGCUAAUGAAUUUUGGGAUGUACAAAGUAAUCUACCUUUGGAUGGCAAAGUUCUAGCAUUUGUUUUAUAUGCUGAUAAAGCCAAGUUGUUGUCAUUUGGUCAACAUAAAGGGUAUCCAGUUGUUGUGCAGAUUGCGAAUCUACCUACUUGGAUCCAUAAUGGUGAAGGUUUAGGUGGUGGCCAUGUAGUUGGGUGGUUACCAAUUGUGAAGGAAGACAAGAAGUACUCUGGAAAGAAAUCAUUUGCCAAGUUCAAGAAUCAUGUUUGGCAUGAAUUGUUCAAGAAGAUACUAGAUACAAUAUCAGAGUACUCAAAAACUGGCUAUUGGGUAAGGUGUUGGGAUGGCAUUGCAUGCCGACUUUUUCCUACUGUACUAAUUCUUUCAGCUAAUGAUGAAGAGCAAGCAGUCAUGGCACUCAUAUGUGGUGUGAUGUCAAAUCACCCUUGCCCCAUUUGCCUUAUCCAUUGCAAUGAGAUAUCAAAAUUCCCCAAGGACUGUGAAUGUCGUACCAGUGAGAACAUUUUCAAGACAUUACAGGAAGCACACUCACAGACCCGAGCAGAUGGCAAGGAACAAAUUCUGGUGAAACAGGGACUACAUGAUGUAGAUGUAACAUUGUGUUGGGAUAGACUCCAUGUCAACUGUGUGGGAAAAUUUGGUGACCAUUUGUGGGGAGAACUUUUGAGGAUUCUCGAGACAAUGGGUCAUCAGACAAUGGGAAAAGAAGCACUUUCAGUUUCAUACACAGAUGGUCAAAAGUUUGAGGACCUAUCCAAGAUAACCAUAUUCACCUGUCAUGACAUCUUCCCCCAUGAGACAGAAAAAGACAGUUACCUCCUGUUACACUGUCUGCAUGCUUACAUCGAGUUUGAUAUAUAUACCAUGCUCAAAUUACAUAUGACACACACACUUGCUGCUGGGCAGGAGGCACUUGCUACUUUCAAUUCAUUGAUUCAGAAAUAUGCAGAGAAGAUGCAACAUACAGGGAAAAACUGGAACUUUCCAAAGAACCAUACCUGUAUGCACAUGUUCAAUGACAUCGAAGCCAAGGGUGUCACCCACAAUUUCAACACAAAUCCAAAUGAGAAAAUGCAUGGCCCCUUGAAGGAAGCUUAUCAACAACAAACAAACUUCAAGGACAUUGCUCAGCAAAUUCUCAAUGUUGAUCAUCUCAGACUGGUUCUUGAACAUAUUCAUGGCAGGAUUACAGAAUAUGAUGCUUACAGGUUGACUGGAAAACCAACAAAUCUGGAUAACCUCGAAGCCAUUACUGACAAACCUGAGGAGGAGUUUUUCCAUGUCAAGUUUGGUAGUGAAGUGAAAGAACCAUUAACAUUCAAGGACAUCGAGAAGAAGAGUGUUACCAACAAUGCAUUCAAUCGAUUCCAUGGAAAGCUCAGUGAGUUCCUCAAUAAACACUUCAACAUUAUAGGGAAGCCCAUUCAAUUCCAAAGGAAUGACAAGAUCAUGGAAUAUCACUUCAUCAAAGUGAACUUCGAGUCCACCAUUGACUGGUGUCAGUACACAGAUUAUCUACAUUGCCAUCCUAACUUCCAUGGAUGUCCUUGUUAUGACUGUGUGCUUGUCAAGACUCAGGAGAAAGACAUAUUUGGGCAACUUGUACUUUUGUUCAAUUGUGUCAUUGGUGAAGAAACCUUCCCCUUAGCCUUGCUACAGCCAUAUGAUGCCUGGCUGAUUGGGCAACGGCUCUGGAAGGACAACCACCUCAACUUCUGGAGGGUAUGUGUGCAACCACACAGAUCAUCUGAAAUUAUUUCAGUCCACUCAAUCAUUCACAGUGCCCUUCUAUAUCCAGAUCAUACAAGACCAGGCAAGUAUCUUGUUGUUGACACAAUCGACACUGACAUGUUCCUUCAUGUGCAAAUGAUGCACAAAGUGGCAGGGCACCUCUGA